CACGUACGUAACGAUAUUCAGAUGCACCACACGGAGGCAAAACUAUUUCUCUCUCACCUUGACCAAUGUUACGAUUGGGAAAGGUAGAAGCACUUACAUACGGGGAUCUCUCUACGACACAUGUUCAUAAUUAGACAACACACUUUCUGAUUUUGCUCUGCCAAUUAUAUCCCCUCUGCUCUGUCUUCCAUCGUUAAGCCACGGACUUCGGGGGUGUGAAUCUUUAUUCUGGUUUCUUUGGAUUUUAAUCUUCUGUUUUCUUCAUUAACACAGAAACAUGAACUGACUUCUCUUCGUGAAUUCAAAUUAGAGCAAAAUGUCUGUGGUGAAAGCAGGGGUGCUGGAGGGUUCGUCAGAUUCGGAGGAAGAGGUCCAUGUAUAUAAACUCAAGAUCCACGACACAGGGGUCAAGGACGCUGGAGAAUGGAGGGUGGAAGUUGCCGAUAAAUACGGAUCAACAUCCACAUCCUGUAACCUGGCUAUACUCGAUGAUCCCAAAUCUAAACCAGCAGACACGAGUGACGUGGAGAAGUUCAGCUCUGUCCAGUCCUCCAGCACCUCGUUCCGGGACUCUCAAAGUCGACCAUGCAGACCCAAGUUUAUAACGCACCUGCGGGAUCAGAACGUGGAGGAGGGAUUCUGUGUCAAAUUCCAAUGUAUUGUAACAGGGACCCCGCCUCCGAAGAUCGAGUGGUUCAGAGAUCUUGAGCCCAUAACAAAGUCCAGCUUUGUGCACAUGGCCUAUCGGGGUGAUGGUACAGCGUUCCUCCAGCUGUUUUCGCCGGUGGCUGACAGAGACAAGGGAAGGUACAAAUGUGUGGCGAGAAAUUCCGAAGGAUCCUGUUUCUCGGAGGCACAUCUGACAAUUCAGAAACAGAUUACGAAUGCAGACUUGAGGGACCAAUUCUCAAUAAGCCGCGCCAGGACAAGAAACGAGGAAUUGGCCAACUUCACUGGACACCAUAUCUCAAAAUUUCAGGAGGCUGAGCGGAUGUUACUGAAGUCUGAUCAAUAUACUUACGAGGCAUCCCCUCACUUAAAGAAGUCCGAGUUGUAUCACCUAGACCCUCACUUCAAAGGUUAUAGAAAAUCUGAUAUUUACCAUUCCGAAGACGUCAGACGUAAAAAGAAAUUUGAAGCAUGGGAAUACUCAGAAAACAUGCUAGACAGGAAGAAUGUUUACAACGUGGAAAACGACUACAAACCCAGAAAAAGCUACCAAGACGAUGGGUAUGACCUCAAAUUGAAGGGGAAAGUUAGCGAAUAUGAAUUUGAAAAAGAUUACAUACCCAAAAAGACAUAUCAAUAUUCUUCUGAUUACAAAAUCGGAGGAAAGAAAGACAAAAUGGAAGAUGUGGAACUUCAACGGAAGUUAACAUCAAAGAAACUUUACGACAGCCUGACAUACAAAUCAUUUGCUGAAAAACAAUCUGUCAAACCAAGUGUUGGAGACUACUCAAACUUCAGAUCCAGAUAUAUACCCAGAAGAGAGCUGAGCGAUGAGAUCAAUCCUGGCCUAAGUAACAUGACAAAGGACCGAUCUAGGGGAAAGACCUUCGACACUAGUACACCACUUAGGAGAUCCAAUUCUGUAUCUCUAGGUCGAGGAGUAAGCUCUAGACUAGUCCUGGAUGCCAAGAAGGGGUACUACACCCUCCUCCCCAGACCGACACCCGUUGCUGCAUCGGGAUAUGUCCCGCUAUACAAUAGUAGAUCAAAGUCAAUGAGCAUAUCACGUGAUUUUGGUACAAAGUCCGGAUAUGAGUCGGACAGGGAGGAGAUUGUUCGGACUUCACGACUCCGACCAAGGCCAGUCUCUUUUCCCCAUGAUAUUGAUAUAAAUGCGUCACGCCGAACUCGAUCUGCAUCCCUAACGAGGGAUAUUAGUGUCAAGCCGAAAAAGGACCGAGAUGACGAGGAAACAUGUAGGGAUAGGGAAUUUCGCGCUAGAUCCAUGUCUUUGACCCGUGACACAGAGGAGCUCAUUCGGUCUUUGAGAGAAAGCAGCACUGGGCGAUCAGAUUUUGCGGACAUCGAAGCAUACAAAUCAGAGCUGUACAAUAAACAAAAGACCGACAGACGCACGGAACCGAAAAAAUGCAAGAGAAAGCAACAGCGAAAGGAUGUAAAAUACGAAACGUUUACAAAGCACUUUGCAGAUGAAAGCAAACCAAUCAAAGAAAUCAAUCCUGGAUUAAGCAUGAAAGCUCGAGAAAUUGUUAACAGACAAGGAUAUCGAUACAAAGUUGAUCAAGAUCUAUUGAAUAUAUCCAUGUCGAGAAAGAAAGAAAUAUCUCUUGCAGUAGAUGACUCGGAAGAUGAGCCAUAUACUUUUAAUAGCAGUAAAUCAAAAGGGAAAGAACUAAAGAGUGAUGAUGAAGAAGAGGUAUCAAGCGAAGCAUUCAAAAGGAAAAUGCAUCUUAAAAACCUGCAUCAGUUCAUAAAUAGAGCAAACGUGUCAUUUGAUGACAUGGAAGACAGCGAAGUCCCCUCCUGGAGGAAGGAAAAAUUGCACGACACUGGAUAUGAUUACACCAAACACAUGGCAAGAAAGAACAAAGUCGAACUAUUCAACUUUGACGACAUCCGAACGUCCAAACUCCCUGUCAACCGUCAACAAACAAGGCAAAGAGCACAGUCUGUGGGUCCGGAACUAGAAUCGAAGAACAAACUGCUCAACUCUAUCUACGAUAAGGAGAGACAGGCGCUCUUGAAACUGGGAACAAACUGGGUAAAGGACAAACCACUUUCAUUCAUUGAACGGCUGAAGAGUAAGUCUACCCUUGAGGGGAACAGCGCCCUCUUAUCAUGCUUCGUUACCGGUAAGGAGCCAUUCUGUGUUCUAUGGUACAGAAGGGGAAUUGCGUUGUCGAGAGACGAGGAGGAAAACUUUCACAUCAGGAGCAAUGGAGGUUUUCUUAGCCUGGAGAUACCAGUAACAUCUACUUAUGAUACCGGUGAUUAUAUGGUGGAGGUCCGCAAUGAAGAGGGGAAGAUCAAAUCAAGUUGCUACCUCCAAAUAGAACCGACCUUUGACCCCAAGGUUGAAUAUAAACAUCCGGAAUUCGUUGACCCUAUCCAUUAUGUUCACGUCAAGCUGGGACAGCCUGCCUCCUUUUCAUGUAGAGUCAGUGGUAACCCUGCUCCUUUUGUCAGAUGGUUCAAGGAUGGAAUUGAACUACAGCAAACUGACAGAAUAGACAUACAUCAAGGAGAAAAAGGACAAGCAUUCCUUUUGAUCCACGACACUGUGGAACAGGAUAAAGGAUUGUACAUAUGUGAGGCACAGAGCAUGGCGGGGCGCUGUCGAAGUUCUGCAACGCUCCAGAUUCUGGAAUCAAUGGCAGAUGCUUUUGACGAUAUAUCAUGCAACAUGGAAGUCGAAAGAAUUAUCAGCAAGACCAAGAAUGAAAAGGGUAUAGUAAGUGAAACACCAAAGCAGAAACCUAAAGCCUGGAGAGCUGGACUAGAGCUGGAGGAACCACAAGCACAGAAGCAAGAGAAUGUACCCACACAGCAGACAGAUGAAACAAAUGAGGCACCUCCAAAGGCAUCAGAAAUUUUGACAGUCCUUGAUGAGACUUUAAAAGCUGGUAAAGUACCUCAAACGACUGAUCUUGAAGUCAGUCUCACCACCCCUGCUGAGUCACAUACUAAAUCCGAAACUUCUGAACUUGCAUUAACAAUUCCACUCUCUCAUAACCAGUCAUUACCACCUUCUUCAGCACUAUUAGAGGGAGAACCCGAAUCAUCCCUUAUUUCCCAUACUGUAUCAAACACUGAAAUGUCUACUUUAAUUGCCACUUCUAGCCAUUUGGAUACACCAGUUCAAUUAGAUCCUUUGAUGCACAAACAUACACUAACAUCAAAUGUGACAGACGUUGAAAAAGAAAAGCAGAAAGAUGUAAAGGAAAUUAUGAUGGUUGACCACACUGACCAAGAACAUGGUGUGACUGAGAAACCUCUUUAUGAUCAACAUCUUGUGAAAAUAGGCGAAGACCAACGAGAGUUCGAAAAUAUUCAAACGAUCUCACGUGAUAUGCCAUCCGGUAAAACUGAGCUUGAUUCACAACCAUCUUGGUCACAAUCCGGCUCUUGGAAAAGUGAAGCAGUAUCAGCUGUUGCCGAGACGAUUGAAACGUCAGAAGAAAGGGUUUCAGAAACAGAAGAAAACAAAUCCUCAAACAUUGAUUCAAAAUUACCAUUAAUACAGGGUUCACUUAAAACUGAAGCUAUCGAAAAUAGAUUGUUGUCAGAAACUGACACACUUUCGGAAACGUUUGCAAAUGAAAUUGACGAGGUGAUGGAAGAUAUUGGUUCUAGCAAAGAACAGUUAUCCAAAACAGAAAUAAUGAACGAAAAGAACACAGACAGAUCACAAGAGACAACCCUUGCAGUAGUCGAAACUGGAAUAUGCAAAUUAGAGGAGAAAAGAGAUAUGGAUUUCAUUAAUCCAAACCUGCAGAUGGACAUUAACGAAAAGCAAAUUUCUAAAGAAUCAAUUGGCGGAGAAAAAGUACCGACAUUAACUGAUGCCACUUUGGACCUGCAGCAAUUACCCACUGCAUCUGAAAUGUCCUCUACGUCACCUCUUGCAGUGGUCGAAACUGGAAUAUGCAACUUAGAUGAAAAAAGAGUUACGGAUGUCAUUAAUACAAACCAACAGAUGGAAAUUAACAAAAAGCAAGUUUCAAAAGAAUCAAUUGAUGGAGAAAAAGUACAGACAUUAACUGAUGCCACUUUGGACCUGCAGCAAUUACCCACUGCAUCUGAAAUGUCCUCUACGUCACCUCUUGCAGUGGUCGAAGCUGGAAUAUGCAACUUAGAUGAAAAAAGAGUUACGGAUGUCAUUAAUACAAACCAACAGAUGGAAAUUAACAAAAAGCAAGUUUCAAAAGAAUCAAUUGAUGGAGAAAAAGUACCGACAUUAACUGAUGCCACUUUGGACCUGCAGCAAUUACCCACUGCAUCUGAAAUGUCCUCUACGUCACCUCUUGCAGUGGUCGAAGCUGGAAUAUGCAACUUAGAUGAAAAAAGAGUUACGGAUGUCAUUAAUACAAACCAACAGAUGGAAAUUAACAAAAAGCAAGUUUCAAAAGAAUCAAUUGAUGGAGAAAAAGUACAGACAUUAACUGAUGCCACUUUGGACCUGCAGCAAUUACCCACUGCAUCUGAAAUGUCCUCUACGUCACCUCUUGCAGUGGUCGAAACUGGAAUAUACAACUUAGAUGAAAAAAGAGUUACGGAUGUCAUUAAUAUAAACCAACAGAUGGAAAUCAACAAAAAGCAAGUUUCUAAAGAAUCAAUUGAUGGAGAAAAAGUACCGACAUUAACUGAUGCCACUUUGGACCUGCAGCAAUUACCCACUGCAUCUGAAAUGUCCUCUACGUCACCUCUUGCAGUGGUCGAAACUGGAAUAUACAACUUAGAUGAAAAAAGAGUUACGGAUGUCAUUAAUACAAACCAACAGAUGGAAAUCAACAAAAAGCAAGUUUCUAAAGAAUCAAUUGAUGGAGAAAAAGUACCGACAUUAACUGAUGCCACUUUGGACCUGCAGCAAUUACCCACUGCAUCUGAAAUGUCCUCUACGUCACCUCUUGCAGUGGUCGAAGCUGGAAUAUGCAACUUAGAUGAAAAAAGAGUUACGGAUGUCAUUAAUACAAACCAACAGAUAGACGUUAACGAAAAGCAAGUUUCAAAAGAAUCAAUUGAUGGAGAAAAAGUACCGGCAUUACCUGAUGCUAUGUUUGAUCUUCAGCAAAUACCAACUGCAUCGGAAAUGCCUUGUACAUCACCAGGACCACAUGCAACGGAUGCGAAAGAGCAAGUACACAUGGAAGUUCCACAGGAUGAACAAGAAAAUAAACAAUAUAACGAUGAACAUGUAAUUCCAUUUGUACCUUUGUCCCCGAAAUCUGAAAUCCCGACUUCUACUACCACUACACCAACUACUUCUCUGGAUGCCUCCGUCGAUCUUUCUGUAGCAUGUAAUAGUGACCCCCAUGCACUAUCUCAACAUACUAUAGCACAAGACACGUCAGUGCAUUUGGAAAAGAGCACUGUCAAUGUAGAUGAACACAUUUUCACUUCUCAACAAGUGCAAGAAAAUUUAAAAAUCAUGGGAGAAACAGAACUGUUUAAAACAAGCGGAAAACAUGAGUCGUCAGGUAGUGUAAUGUUGUCUAGAGAUGAAGAGGGCAAUGAUUUGUUAGUUUCUGCACAACGAGUUUCUUCACCGAUAGAAAAGAAAGUAAAAGCAACUGAAGAAGCAAUUGAAAAACCUGGAAGUCCAGAAGUAACAUCAGGUGUUGAGAAAGCUAUCGCUGAAGAACCUAGCGUCGAUGUAACCGACGGAAAGAAAGCUGUUUUCGCAGACAUCUCAUCUACAGAAGGAAAGGAAAAAGAGGAAAAGGUAGAGAAAUCCUCAAUCGGAAAAGAUACAGCUCAGGAUGAUGUGAAAAAAGAAAAAAUGGAUGCAGAGAAAGUCCCAGUACUAAAAGAGAUAAAAGGGCAAGAAGAGCAAAAGGAAGUUUCAGUAGCAGAAACAGUGGAGGAAGACACGGGAACAAAGGAAGUCCCAGUUCCAGAAGAGAUAAAAACGCAAGAGGAACAGAAGGAAACUUCAAAACCAACAGCAGAUGACACAGCUACUGAACAGGUAGAAACACAAGAAUCCGUGCCGAAGGAAGAGGAAAGAGAACCACAGCCUCCAACAUUUGUGAAGAAACUCCCAGAAAAAAUAGAUUUAAAAGAUGGAGAGGACCUGCUCUUGCAAUGCAUCACUGAUGGACUGCCCAAACCAGAGGUUAUUUGGAUGCAUGAAAAUAAAACACUGGAGGCCAGCAAAGAUAUCGUCAUAAAAGAUUCUCACGACGUUCAUUCAUUAGAAAUGAAAAAAGUUGAUCACAAAUUUAACUCCGGUGUAUACACUGCUAAACUGGUGGGAGGAGCCAGUACAGCAGAUCAGGAGCAGGUAGUCUCUACUUGUAAAGUGUUUAUCUUGAACACUGCGCCUGUAGAGAAGAGUAUUGAAGUUGUCGAGGAAGGCAUUAAAGAAAAGGACAUCCUUCCUCUAGUGGAAAGACAAAUUUCUACUGAGCAGGAUGAACUUAAGCUACAGAUACCGGCCAGUGUUGAUCUCCCUGAAGUUUGUGAAGAGGCUCAGCUAGAUGCCAGUGAAAUGCACAUUCCAAUGGUUUCUCCUACAGGGGUACACUGCCAUUCCAGCCCCCUGGACAAGGCCGAGAAAGGAGAGGAACUUCCCUUAUCAAAGACCAGUCCCCACUUCGCCCAGCCCUUGGAUGAAGAGUUGUAUCCUUUGGAGAGAGAUGAAAAUGUCAGAAUUCAGUGUGUGGUAGCAGGAGAACCUUGUCCUGAAAUAGUGUGGUUUAAGGAUGGUGUUAAACUGGAGCAAUCUAGUCGAGUCCGUUUAGAAUGGGAUCCAGAUACCAGGAUCGCCAGUGUUCUCUUGAAAAGACUACACAUCCUGGAUACCGGAGAGUAUGAAUGUAUAGUGUAUGGAGAAAAUGGGAGCUACAGUACGAAGACGACCCUUCACGUUAAAGCUCUGGAGAUGCAAAAGGUGGAGACCAUUGAUCGGGAUGACCCCCCCGAAAAUGAACCACCAAAGGUUUUCCUGGCUCUCAAGGACAAAAAAGUUUACCAAGGAAAAAGCACGACAUUGGACUGCAUCAUAAAGGGUGUCCCGCAACCGGAAAUAAAAUGGAUAAGACAUGGAAAAGAAAUUGUAUCCAGGCAUGGAAAAUAUAUUCUUACGAAUAUGAACCAGCAAUACAGUUUAACGAUUAAGGACUUUAAAAAGACAGACGAGGGAUGUUAUUCACUAGAGGCCUCCAAUGAAUCAGGGACCUGCUCAUCCAGUGCUUACCUUAUAAUGGAAGCUGUAGAGGAGGUGGUUGAGACUUCCAAACUAGAAAACUCACUUCCAGAAUUCACAAGUAAAAUGGAGGGAACCAUGACCCCUCUUGGCGGGGUUGUCAUUUUUAAGUGUUCCGCUUCUGGAUACCCUGUCCCUAAAUUCAAAUGGCAAAAAGAUAUGCUAGAUAUUUACCAAUCUCGAAGAAUAACGAUUGACAACAAUCCCGGAGAGACUACUCUGACUAUCAGUGAUGUCACUCGACGUGAUGGUGGAAUGUACGUUUGUAUCGCCAAGAACAAUCUAGGAAGAAUCAAGCAAACGGCUAAACUCAUUGUCAGUGAGGAUUGUAGUGAAACCAGACGUCUAAGCUUGUCUGGGGAAAUUGACAAACCAGAGGAACAAACCCCGACCAAAAGUGAUUCAACCGAUGUAGUGCAAGAGGCACCUAGUACCGAAACAUCGCUAGAACCAGUAGGGGAAAGCAAGGAAGAAACAGCUGGAGUGAAAGAGGAGAGUCCUGCCAGUACAGAGGAAAAAACCAAGCAAGCAGAAGAGGAACAAGCAAAGGAACAGAUAGCAGUUCAGGAGAAACCAGUUGUUGCACAGGAAGAGAAAUCUGAAGCAGUUGAAAACAUUGUGAAUGAAAUGACAAUAGAGCAAGGAAAUCACGCAGCAACUGAAAAGGCCUCAGUAGAAGAAAAACCAGCAGUAGUUCAGGAGAAAGCAACGUCAGGCGAAGAAAGGAUUACUCAGGAGACAUCAACGGUAGUUAACGACACACAAGUUCAGGAGACACCAGAGUUGAUUUCCGAGACACCUGGACACGAAAAACAAGCAAAGAUAGAGGAAGUAUCGGUGCAAGAGAAACAGAUUAAAGCCGAUGAUGUAUCUAUUCAAAAGCAACCAGAUGUAGUAGAUGAAUCUCCAGUCCAGGUACCCGAGGAGAAAAUGAUGUCUGCUCUAAAAUCUGUACAAUCUGAGGAAGAAGCUUCCUUAACAGAAAAUGUUGAUUUUGCCAAAGUGGAGAAUGUCUCCGUUAUUAUGAAGGAGAAGGUAACCCUUGAUGAUCAAAGUCUUCAAAAGAAAUCUACAUUGGUUAAUGAAACAGAUGGAGAAAAAACGGAAUCUAUUAAAGAAACAAUUUUAGACGUAAAAGAAACAGUAUUGAAAGAGACAGAAGUUUCAGAUAAAAAAACUGAAAAACAGACGAAAACUGAAUCCUUUUCCAUUGAAACAAAUGAAGGGACUGCUCAAAGAACAGUUGAAACAAUCCGAAGUUCAGAGACUAUGUCAAAAACAACUGAUGAUGGCGAAUUCGAUAUUGAUCACUUAGUUCAGCAAGCCGAGACAAUCUUAGGGGAAACUGUUUCAAUGAAAACUGAAGAGCAAGAUUUAUCUUUCGAAGAGGUUUUGGCGAAAUCCGUCCUUGAAGAAUCGGUUGUUGAGGCAGCAAGUGAAAUGGAAAAAAUCAACAAAAAUAAAAAACGUAAGCUCUCGAAAUCAAAACGUCGCUCACAAAGCUUGGAAAUGGAAGACACCUCCAGUGUGAAGGACUUAGAAGAAGAAACAGCUGUCAAAAACACAGAGGUGGAGUCCGAGACAACGAUCGUAAGAACUGUCACUGAUGCAGAAUCAUCCAGCCAGAACAAGAACAAAACUGUAUCUUCAGCGAAAACUAAGAGUGUUUCUUUUGAAGAAGUUGUAGAAGUGUCAGGUUCUGAUGCAGUUGACAGCAAAACUAUUUCAGUUUCAACGUCUAAGGUCACAACAUCUAGAACCAAAUCGACAACGGUGGAGAGUCAUGCCACAGAUAUGUCUGAAAACAUUGAAGAAAAGUCACUAAAGGAAAUAAAAGUAGAAAGAAAAGAGAGUGCUUCGGAGUCCACGACAGCGGUGAAGGCUGAUAAUUCUGCAUCUACAACUAAACUAGAAAGCAGAACACUGGACAGACUGAUGUCAAUGGAUGAUGUAAAGGAAAUUCUAGAUGUGGAUACCCUGAAAAUGAAUGAAACAAGAGAAGCAAUUGUGGAACAGAAGACACCUAGCGGACGAACACAGGUCUUGGAAGUAAGUGCCAGGCGCGUGUCGAAACAACUGUCUGUGGAGGAACAAGCUGCUGUGUCAAUCCACCAUCCACAUGUUCACCACCCUCCGGAAAUCAUUGUUCCUCCUGAGAACCAAUUUGUCAACCUCCAUAGUGAGAUUGAACUCACUGUUAAAGUCCGUGCAGCACAUGGCGCCAAAAUCAGUUGGUAUCACGAUGGAAGACAAGUUGAAGUUACUGAAAAUAGUUUAAAGGGCAUUUAUGGCGAACAUUACGAGUUGACAGAAGAAGAAUUGGCCGAGGACAAGUAAGGGAAAACUGGUGUACCAAAGAGUCUUCCACGCCUGGGAAAUGCACAAUUGCAUUCCGUUGAUCGCCAUUCAUCUACGUGGUACUUAGACUUUGCUUUGCUUUAUCAUCAUACCGACAGAGAAAGAUUUCAAUACACUGUGUUGGUAAACCCAGACAUUUUCGUGAAGUGUAAUAGUUCAUGAUAAGGGCUAUAGAUAAGUGUUUUGUGUAAUGUGUGUGUCAUGUAAAAACUUUGAAAACCAAUAUAUCCCUGCAUAGGUAGUUAACUUAAAAAUUCUUGGCAAGAAUGUAUCAUGGAAGAUAUUGCAUGGGAAUCACGUGGUACAAAGUGAGUGAUGAUUUGAUUUGUGUUGGUAGUAAACCUUUCGUUUUUACGUAGUAUUGAGUUAAUUCCUUUUAUUGCAAAAACUUCAUAUUUGAAUUACUUACUCCAGACAUAUCAUUCCAUUUGUUUGUGUUUAUCUAAAUAUAUAGGACUGCAAGAUAUAAUAAGUUUUUAUAUAUGCAGGAAAGAGUUAUUUUAACCGUUGCUGUGAAUGUGUGUAUUUUAAUGCUAGCCGAAAGAAGUGAUUGUUUUGGUUUUUGCAAAUUUCUACAAGAUGUUAGGAUAUAAAUGUGCAGAACAUCCCAAUUCAGCGCUUGCUUUGUGACGUUCUUUUUACAAAGAUAGAAAAUAAAGUAGUAAAGUGUGAUUAGAAUGAUCAGAGCAGAAAACCUAUUUCAAUUAACACAUUACAGGACUUAAUUGUUGUAAUGAUUAGUGUGUAAUUGAGAGUAGUAUGUUAAAGUGAGAUUACUACGUGAUAAGUAAAGUGAGUAUUUCAUUACUUUAGCAUUCGUUGUUUGCUAUUUAUAGAUACAAGUGUUUGAUUGUCCACUCCAGUUUUAUUUUAUGAGUACACAUAAUCAGUGUACUAUGAGUGAGUAAAUAUAAGAUAUAAUACAAUACACCUUCUUAGAUUCAUCAGUUGUCCUUAUGAUUUGACGGUGUGAGGGAUUUUAUCUGUUUAUCUUUUCAGUACAUGAAUAUUUAUGUUGUUUCAAGCCUGGGAUCCAAUGUUUUAGUUAAUUUUCUUAAAAGUUGGAUUGAAUAUUAAUAAAAGCUACAAAAAUC